ACUUACCGGUAUUUUGUUUCAUUCGAUUUCCGUUUGGCGAGUGGUGAAGAGAAAAUUACGAGAAUUUUUUAAAUUGAACAUCUUUUGAGUUUUGACUGUUGACUUUUCGGUUGUGAGGGAGAGGGAGGAAGACAGAUCUCAUCAUGAACGACCCCAUGGCAUUUUUUUACGGAAAAACUCCGGCAAAGACAACAAUUUUGCACAAGCCAGCAAGAAGGACGUACAAAUUGGCGACUGAUGUCUCUUCAAUUUAUUGUCCCUCUGAGACCACCACAGUAUCAACAUGCGUGGGCACUGAUUAUGCUGAUGAAUACCUGGAAAAAGAGGAUGAACUCCUGCGCGAGUCGUCGUCUCUCUACCGGGGAAUUCUGGGUCCAGACGGUGAGAAUUUCGAUCAAGUUUCGUACGCCACAUGUGCCCCAAGUGACAUAGCCCUGGAGCCAAACCAGGAGAAGAUCUACAACACGUACGACCUGACGUACACCCCCAGGAAUCAUCUGCCGAUUGGAGCAUUUCAGGAGAAAAUUGUCUCAAUGAUUGAGACGAAUCCAGUGACGAUAAUCCAGGGACCCACAGGCUGUGGUAAAACGACGCAAGUGCCCCAGUUUAUCUUGGAGAGUUGUUACAAGAAUAAUCGUCACUGCAACAUCGUUGUAACUCAACCAAGAAGAAUAGCAGCAAUGAGUAUUGCUAAAAGAGUCAGUGAAGAGCGUGAAUGGCCAUGUGGCUCUCUCGUUGGCUUUAAAAUUGGUCUCGUUCAGAAUACAAACGAGGACACGCGUCUCACUUACUGCACCACUGGAGUUCUCCUCCAGAGACUCGUUCACGAGAAGCACAUGAAUGAUUUCACCCACGUUAUCAUCGACGAAAUCCACGAGAGGGAUCAGGACAUGGACUUUCUCCUGCUGAUCGUUCGAAAAUUUCUUAGAUCAAAUUCACGUGGUGUCAGAGUUGUCCUCAUGUCUGCAACAUUCAAUGUCGAGAAAUUCUCCAGGUACUUCACGUUUUACGCUGGUAACAAGAAGGUUCAGGCGCCAAUUAUCGACGUGACGAAAAGAAAUUUAUUUCUCGUACGUGAAUUUUUUCUGGAUGAUAUCCAGGGGAUGGGGACUAUUCCAGUGGUGAAGGCACACGAGCCUGAGGCAUCAAAAGCAAUGCUGGAGUUCGCUGCUAGAGUUAUGCAAGUGAUGGACAGAAUUGAUCAGGAGCUCGAUCGUUUUGGCAGCUCAAAAGCUGGUGAUCGUCCCACAACUCUAGUUUUUUUACCUGGUAUUCACGAGAUAGAAGAGCUGUUCAAUAUCCUGACUUCACCAGCCAAGGAGUCGGAUAAAUGGGAUGUCGUUGUCCUGCACUCUUCCAUCACCCAUGAGGAGCAAUCGAGAAUUUUUGAGGCACCACCACCUGGUUAUCGAAGAAUUAUUCUUUCGACGAACAUUGCUGAGAGCAGUUUAACAGUUCCAAAUGUCAAGUACGUGAUAGAUUUCUGUCUGACUAAACAGCUGGUGAAGGACACAACAACGAAUUUCCACAGUUUGGAGUUGACGUGGGCAUCGAAGGCCAAUUGUCAGCAGAGAGCUGGAAGAACUGGAAGAGUUAUGGAUGGUCGAGUCUAUCGUUUAGUUCCCAAGCUUUUUUAUCAGCAGAUACUCCCUGACGAGAAUCCUCCAGAGAUCGCCAGGGCACCACUGGAGAACAUCUUCCUGAGGGCUAAAAUGCUGAAUAUGGAUAAGCCAAAGGCUCUGCUUGCUCUCUCCCUGGAUCCACCAGAUUUAACAAAUAUUACCAGCACCGUUUUGAAUUUGAAAGAGACUGGAGCACUUUUGGACUCCGGGGACGAUCCACACGAUGGAGAAAUUACAGACAUGGGGAGGGUAAUGGGACAAAUGCCCCUGGACAUCAGAAUCUCCAAAUUAAUUGUCCUGGGACAUGUCUUCAGUGUUCUCAGGGAGACAAUAAUCAUUGGUGCUAGCAUGUCUGUGAAGAAUAUGUUCAGUCAUCCCUUCAAGGAGAAGCUCCACGCGUACAAAGCUAAAUUACUCUGGGCAUGCAAUACGAGCAGCGAUGGAAUAGCCUUUCUGAAUGCCUUCAGGAGCUGGAUGAACUUCAAAGGGACAAACUCCAGGAGCAGGGACAAGGGAUCUGAGGUAUCGUGGGCUAAAAAGAGUUUUCUGCAGGUCAGAGUGAUGAGAGAGGUUGAGGCAACAGUUGUCGAGAUCACAAAGAGACUGGAGAACAUGGGAAUCAGGGAGACAAGGGGGCCAGGAAGAGUCCAGCUCAAUGCAACUGAGAUGCAAUUUGUACUGAAGAUUGCCAUUGCUGGGGCUUUUUAUCCCCAUUUUUAUCUCGCAAAUCCCAGAUCUGACGAGCGAUCCAGUGUCAAGGCACUCGGUGGACUGGAUCCUGCCAAGACUGUUUAUCUCACCGGUUGGCCAAUAAAACAACCAGGACUUCUCUACGCUAAACGCUUUCAAGAGAUAUUCAAGUUGGUUCUCAAUGCUGAUUCGUCUAGAAUAGCUGUUAAAUUUGAUCACUCCAACCGAGUUUAUAUUCAAUUCAAUAAGACAGAAGUGAAGGACGCGAGGGAUGGGCCAGAGUUUCAGGGUGAGAUUCCAGUUUCUGUUUAUUUGGCAAUAAAAUUGGGACGAGUUAAUCCACCAAUCAGAAUUCCCAUCAUGCCAGAGGAUGCAGCUAAUGAAUUGGCAGAGGAGUUUGGUCUUGAGAAAGACCCAGUGAAUCUUUACAUUCCACGUCCCAGGAGAAAUCCACAGGGUACUGGUUUCUACCUCAGACCUAGACUCCCUGAUCUUGAUCUCACGUUCAUUCCUAUGGACAUCCAGAGGAUCAUUGAUCCUGGGUACUUCUGGGUCAGCAACAAGGACACAGAGACUAGAGAUAAUCUGUUGGAGAUCAAGAGAGUGAUUACUCUGAUGGAGUCCAAGGGUCUUGUGACAUUCGAGGGAAAACCAAAGGUUGGGGCUGUCGUUCUUGCACCCAAGGAGACAUCUGGGGAUGAGCAAAAGGUGAAAUACGAUCGUGCUGUUGUCCAGAAUGUUUUUCUGGUCUCCAGGCACGAGUACAGCGCUCAGGUAUUCUUCAUUGAUUCAGGGGCUGUCUCUAAAGUCAGUAUUUGUGAUCUUCGAUGUGUUCCUGGGGAUUCACCACUGGAGAAAAUUCCAGCAGCUGCUUAUCAGUGUUGUCUCAGUCAGGUGAAGCCUGCCAUUCUCAAUACACUCACUGGUCAGUGGUCGGAGGGAUCCAAGAGAUUUUUUGAGGAAUUGAUUACAGGAAAAGGCAAGACUUUGUAUGGAGAGGUCUACUCUGUUGUCAAUUCGGUGGUGUGCAUUGAUCUUCAUGUGACUGAUGAUAAGGGAAUGAAGAUUAAUGUCAAUAAUCUGCUGGUUAGUGAGGGAUACGCUGAGCCCAGAGAAGAGGAUUAUCUCUCCAAGGCCAAUCACACUAUCAGAGUUGAUGUCAACAGAUUGUCGAAUGAGGAGAAAGCAACUCACACGGAUCUACAGCACAAUCAGCUUUACCUAGCAGAUUCUUACGUGGAUCCCCCUGAAGAAGAGGACUGCACAUCAUACGCUACUCUGACUGGUCCCAACUCACCUCUGGAAAUAAAACUCUCGAAUUUAAUUAAUGCUGGAGUUGGUCUGGGUAUCACCAUUGAUCCAAUUUCAGUUAAUUGUGUUCUGCUGGAUCCAACUCUCAAUGAUCCUCAAACAAGACUUGUCGUUGCUGGAUCUGUCAGUCAGGGGUGUGACUCUGGGAAUUUAACUCUCAGGAAUACAACGCUGAUGCCUAAUAUUCCAGGGCUGACUGAUCUUCUAGCUUUAAUUUUUGCUCCUAAAAUCGAGUUGAGGGCGAAUUGUAUGAAGACGAGAAAUGUUGGAGCACUGUGUGGACUUGGGUACGAUGAGAAGACCAAGAGGAGUCUUUUUCCAGAGCACGACAUGAAUCUCAGCUUCAAUGUUGAUAUUAAUCUCGACGAUCUGCAGAAUAUUAAUAAAUUGAGGUACUGGAUGAACAUGGGAAUAUUCGUGAAGUCUGAGGAUGACUCCGAUGAGGAUCAAAUGCUCAGUGAUAUCGUCAAGACCCAGGUGAAGGUCAAGGAAAGUCUCUUCGCUCUCAUGAGUAAGAAGAGGGAGCCCAUUAUUCCUGAAGUCGAUUUGAGGCAUGGCCGGUGGGGAAGGUACCAGGAGGCUGACUUCCUUGAUCCUCUGAAUGUCAAUAAAUUUGAGAAUCUAAUUUAUAAACUGCAUCGUGCUCUCGAUCUCCGGGAGCCUGAUGAUGCCAAAGAGUUCAUGUUGAAUCACCUUGAGGAGCUGAAGAAGAAGGCUUCAAUGUCGGUGAAGGAAGUACCUUAUGAGGAGAUCGAUUGCAAACUUUGUAGACAGAAAAUAUCGGGCAUUCUUCAUCUCAGGAGUCACAUUUCCUCGCCUUAUCAUUUGAUGAAGGAGGAGGAGCUUAAGGAGAAUUUGCUUUGAAGAGGGAGAUUAUUGUGAGUUCAUUUAAGAGGAGGUUUCAUUUUUGAGUUUUGGAAUUCUUUUUCAAGAUUAUUCUAUUAUUUUUCAUCAUUUUUCUGAGGAUUCCCAUGAUUGUAGAGAAAGGGAGAGAUGGGCGAAGUUUUUGGAGGUUUUUCUUUCAAUUUUUUUUUAUAUAUCAUUAACAGUUUUUGUUAUAUUUAAUUUAGAAGAACUGUGGAAGACAGUUUGGGAUUUAUUUUUCGUUUUAUAUAGACACAUUGACGAUAAUAAUGUUGUUUUAUAAUGAAAAAAGUUCAUUAAUCAAUUAAUAAAGAUUCUAAGAAAUUGAAAA